UUCCCAAUCAGUAAGACCCCGUUUACAUCUCCAGCUCUCGACACACCUUCGAUCACCUCCGCCGACGAUUGCAACUUCCAUUCCCACCGGAUUCCCCAACGCCGUCGACGAGAUCGCGGAGGGCGAAGGUGGCGUGAAGAAGAGGAGCACAAGAAUAUCCAAGAAGGCCUCGCCAGAGAUCGGCAGCGCUGGGUGCGACUCAGUCACGCCACGGCCCGUUCCACGCGAACGCGGGCUCACGGCUCUUCCCCUUCUUGCCUAAUGCGCAGCGCACCCGAUACCUAGAGUCCCUCCCCCCGCCCCCUAUGGAUUUCGUCAGCCGCUACGCCACCACCGCCUCCCCGUCAGUAGACCACCAUCACCAUCCGGCGCCUCAUCUGGAGCCAUCUCCAGCGCUGGUUGCUGCCCCCGCUGGUCCCGCCGUCCCCGAGGAGCCAGAGUACUUGGCUCGGUACAUGGUGGUCAAACACUCGUGGCGCGGCCGGUACAAGCGAAUCUUGUGCAUUUCCAGCUCCGCCAUCAUAACGCUGGAUCCUACCACGCUGGUUGUCACCAAUUCUUACGAUGCGCUGGAAGAUUUCGAGGGGGCGGCUCCUGUGUCGGGGCGGGGAGAUGAUAUCGGCUCGCAGGAGUUCACCGUUAGCGUACGGACAGAUGGGAAGGGGAAGUUCAAGGCUAUGAAGUUCUCGUCGAGGUUUAGGGCGAGCGUCCUGACACUGUUGCACCGUCUCAGGUGGGGUAAGUUGGGACCGAUCAUGGAAUUCCCAGUGCUUCAUCUACGGAGAAGGACUUCCACAUGGGUUCCAUAUAAAUUGAAGGUUACAGCUACUGGCGUUGAAGUUAUUGAAGGACAGUCUGGAGAUCCUCGGUGGUGUUUGGAUUUUAGGGACAUGGAUUCUCCCCCAAUCAUACUCCUCACAGACAGUUAUGGAAAUAGCAGUUCAGAUUGGGGAGGGUUUGUUUUAUGCCCCCUGUAUGGGAGAAAAAGUAAAGCCUUUAGAGCUGCCUCUGGAACUUCUAAUUCUGCAAUUGUAUCAUACCUGACUAAAACUGCAAAAACUACUGUUGGGUUGUCGUUGUCUGUUGACAGUUCUCAGAAGAUGACUGUCGUGGAUUUUUUAAACAAAAGAGCAAAGGAGGCAGUUGGAGCAAAUGACAACCCUUAUGGGGAAUGGUCAGUAACAAGGUUGCGUUCUGCUGCAAAGGGCACAGCUAAUGUUGAGAGUCCAAAUCUUGGAAUUGGACCAAAAGGAGGCCUUGGAGAACAAGGGGAUUCUGUAUCUCGGCAGUUGAUUCUCACUAAACUUGCAAUUAUUGAAAGACGCCCAGAUAACUAUGAGGCUGUCAUUAUUCGUCCUCUUUCUGUUGUAAGUUCUCUUGUUCGGUUUUCUGAAGAACCACAGAUGUUUGCAGUUGAGUUCAGUGAUGGAUGUCCUGUUCAUGUCUAUGCAAGCACUUCUCGUGACAACUUACUGGCAGCAUUGCGUGAUGUUCUGCAAUCAGAGAGCCAGAGUCCAGUUCCUAUAUUGCCAAGAUUGACCAUGCCUGGUCACCGUAUAGAUCCUCCUUGUGCUUGUUUUAAUCUUCAGACGCGGCUGCUUCCUCUUAGUCAACGGAAUCCUGUUUCUGAUAUGGAAACUGCAUCCAUGCACUUGAAACAUUUAGCUGCAGCUGCAAAAGAUGCUGUUGGUGAAGCAGGUACAAUCCCUGGCUCAAGAGCUAGGUUAUGGCGCAGAAUAAGGGAAUUUAACGCUUGUAUAGCAUAUAGUGGAGUGCCUCCUAAUCUUGAAGUGCCUGAGGUAGUCUUAAUGGCAUUGAUCACAAUGCUUCCAGCCACACCAACCCUUCCUCCGGAUGCUCCUCCACUUCCCCCUCUGUCUCCCAAAGCAGCAGCUACAAUCAUUGGGUUCAUUGCAUGCUUACGAAGGAUACUUAUAUCCAGAGCUGCAGCAUCUCAUCUUAUAUCGUUUCCUGCUGCAGUUGCAAGAAUAAUGGGUUUACUAAGAAAUGGGUCAGAAGGUGUAGCAGCUGAAGCAGCCGGAUUGGUAUCAAUGCUUAUAGGUGGUGGUCCUGGUGAUUCCAGUAUAUUGGUCGACUCAAAAGGAGAGACACAUGCCACUUAUAUGCAUACUAAAUCUGUCUUAUUCGCACAUCAAAAUUCUGUGACUGUUCUUGUAAAUAGAUUAAAACCUGCAUCUGUUUCUCCAUUGUUCUCCAUGUCAGUUGUGGAAGUUCUUGAAGCUAUGCUUUGUGAACCACAAGGUGAAACGACUCAGCACACUACUUUUGUUGAAUUGCUACGUCAGGUUGCAGGUUUACGUCGUCGCUUGUUUGCAUUAUUUGGGCACCCUGCAGAAAGUGUGAGAGAGACAGUAGCUGUCAUCAUGCGUACUAUAGCAGAGGAGGAUGCAAUUGCAGCAGAAUCUAUGCGUGAUGCUGCCUUAAGAGAUGGUGCUCUUUUGAGGCACUUGCUGCAUGCCUUUUUUAUUGUUACUAGGGAGCGCCGUGAUGUUAGUCGACAACUUGUAGCACUUUGGGCAGAUUCUUAUCAACCCGCUCUUGAUUUGCUUUCAAGAGUUAUUCCUCCUGGGCUUGUUGCUUAUUUGCACACACGAAUAGAUGCUGCUUCUGAAGAUCAGAACCAAUUAAACGAAGAAGUACCUUUAACGAAGAGAAGACAAAGGCGCAUAUUUCAGCAGAGGAAAUCUAAUUUUGGAGGAGCUAUUAUGCCUCAGGAACCUGGGACGCAUUCUUUUCAAAAUAUUCAAGAUGGUGAUUCAACUAAUGCUUCAGUGGCGACACAAAUAAAUCUGAAACCUUUCCAAGAAUCAAACUUGGGACAGUAUUUGGUUUCUCCAUUUGCUAACCCUGGCGUAAGCCAUCCCAGUGAACUCACAUAUGGGGUUCAGCAUAAUGCUGCUUCGGGGAUCGUUGAUGUUGAUCAUGUUUAUCAAGUACCUACAACACAAAAAAUAGAUCUGAAUGCUUCUAUUUCGGUUGAUUCUGCAAACUCUGUUGGUUUCAUGAAUCCUGAAUUUGCUGCCCCAGCACAGGUAGUCGUAGAAAACACACCUGUUGGAUCAGGUAGGCUGUUAUGCAAUUGGUAUGGAUUCUGGAGAGCAUUUGGUCUAGAUCACAAUCGUGCUGAUCUAAUAUGGAAUGAACGGACUAGACAAGAGCUUCGUGAGGCUUUGCAAGCAGAAGUUCAUAAACUGGAUGUUGAAAAGGAGCGAACAGAGGAUAUUCUUCCUGAAGGUGCUAUUCUUGAAGUGAAUAAUGGACAGGAUAAUGCACCUAAGAUUUCAUGGAAUUAUGCAGAAUUUUUAGUGAGCUACCCCAGCUUAUCAAAAGAAGUCUGUGUUGGACAGUAUUAUCUGCGUUUGCUGCUUGAAAGUGGAAGCAGCUGUGGAGCACAAGACUUUCCUUUGCGCGACCCUGUUGCCUUUUUCCGAGCAUUGUACCAUCGUUUCUUAUGUGAUGCAGACACUGGGCUUAUCGUUGAUGGUGCUAUUCCUGAUGAGUUGGGAUCAUCAGAUGAUUGGUGUGAUAUGGGAAGAUUAGAUGGUUUUGGUGGAGGAGGAGGUUCUGCUGUUCGAGAGCUUUGUGCAAGGGCAAUGUCCAUUGUGUAUGAACAAAAUUACAAAACCAUUGGGCAUUUUGAUGGUACAGCUCACAUUACUGUCCUGUUGGACCGAACAGAUGAUCGAGCAUUGAGGCACCGAUUACUGUUACUUUUAAAGGUCUUAAUGAAGGAUCUAUCAAAUGUGGAAGCAUGUGUUCUAGUGGGUGGUUGUGUUUUAGCUGUUGAUCUCCUAACUGCAGCUCAUGAGGCUUCUGAGAGGACUUCUAUUCCUUUGCAAUCCAAUCUGAUUGCUGCUACUGCUUUUAUGGAACCUCUUAAGGAAUGGAUGUUUAUCGACAAGGAUGGAGCAAAAGUAGGGCCGAUGGAGAAAGAUGCAAUCAGAAGGUUUUGGUCCAAGAAAAAUAUUGAUUGGACUACCAAGUGUUGGGCUUCUGGCAUGGCUGACUGGAAACGUUUGCGUGACAUUCGAGAACUGCGUUGGGCACUUGCUGUUCGGGUUCCUGUUUUAACUCCAAUUCAGGUGGGAGAGGCUGCUUUAGCUAUAUUGCACAGUAUGGUAUCUGCACGAUCUGAUCUUGAUGAUGCUGGAGAGAUUGUGACGCCAACACCAAGGGUGAAGCGAAUUUUGUCUAGUCCUCGUUGCCUUCCACAUAUUGCUCAGGCUAUUCUUAUGGGUGAACCAAGCAUUGUUGAAGCAGCUGCUUCCUUGCUCAAGGCUAUUGUGACUAGAAAUCCCAAGGCAAUGGUUCGAUUGUACAGCACUGGUGCCUUUUAUUUUGCUCUAGCUUAUCCUGGAUCAAAUCUUCAUUCAAUUGCACACCUCUUUUCUGUGACGCAUAUCCACCAAGCAUUUCAUGGUGGAGAAGAGGCGGCAGUAUCCUCAUCGUUGCCCCUAGCAAAAAGAAGUGUACUGGGUGGGCUUCUUCCAGAAUCCUUGUUAUAUGUACUGGAGCGAAGUGGACCAGCAGCUUUUGCGGCAGCAAUGAUAUCUGAUUCUGAUACUCCAGAAAUUAUAUGGACACAUAAGAUGCGAGCAGAAAACCUAAUCCAACAGGUUUUGCAGCAUCUUGGAGAUUUUCCACAGAAGUUAUCACAGCAUUGUCAUUCUUUGUAUGAUUAUGCCCCUAUGCCCCCAGUAACUUACCCAGAAUUAAAAGAUGAAAUGUGGUGCCAUCGUUAUUACCUCAAAAACUUGUGUGAUGAGAUUAGAUUUCCCAAAUGGCUCAUUGUUGAGCAUAUUGAAUUUUUGCAAUCACUGCUGGUUAUGUGGCGUGAGGAAUUAACUCGACGUCCAAUGGAUCUUUCAGAAGAAGCGGCAUGCAAAAUAUUAGAGAUCUCCAUGGAUGACAUUGUCAUUGAUAAGAACAGAAAAUCUUUAGAGACUGCAAAUGGUAAUUUGGGCACAUCAAGUCAGAUUGAAAACAUAGAUGAAGAAAAGCUUAAACGGCAAUAUCGAAAAUUAGCAAUAAAGUAUCAUCCUGACAAAAACCCUGAAGGGAGGGAGAAAUUUGUUGCUGUGCAAAAGGCUUAUGAAAGGUUGCAGGCAGCCAUGCAAGGAUUGCAAGGUCCACAACUUUGGAGGUUGUUACUUUUGUUGAAAGGGCAGUGUAUCCUGUACAGACGAUAUGGUGAUGUCUUGGAGCCAUUUAAGUACGCUGGUUAUCCUAUGUUGCUCAACGCUGUUACCAUUGAUAAGGAUGAUAACAAUUUUCUCUCAUCAGAAAGGGCCCCUCUACUUAUUGCAGCUUCUGAGCUGAUUUGGCUGACGUGUGCAUCAUCUUCACUAAAUGGUGAAGAGCUUAUCAGAGAUGGUGGUAUUCCCCUCUUAGCGACCCUUCUUUCCCGUUGCAUGUGUGUUGUUCAACCCACAACACCUACAAAUGAACCAUCUGCCAUCAUUGUUACAAAUAUAAUGCGCACCUUUUCUGUCGUGAGUCAGUUUGAAAUGGCAAAGGCUGAAAUGCUUAAAGUUGGAGGUGUUAUACAAGAUAUCGUGCACAGUACUGAACUAGAAUUUGCUUCAGCAGCUGUCGAUGCAGCUCUCCAGACUUCAGCUCAUUUAUGUGGAUCAUCUAGAUCACAGGAUGCUUUACUUUCUGCUGGCCUAUUGUGGUAUCUAUUACCACUUCUUCUACAGUAUGAUUCUACAGCAGAAGAGAAUGCUUUGAACGAGGCUCAUGGUGUUGGUUCUAGUAUUCAGAUUGCUAAAAAUAUCCAUGCAGUACUCGCAAGUCAGGCCUUAUCAAAACUAUGCGGUGUUUCUGAAGAUGGAGUGCCAACCCCAUGUAAUGAUUUAGCUGCUAAUGCACUCAAGGGUUUACUUACACCUAAGCUCGCUAACAUGCUUAAAAGUCAGGAACCUAGGGAUCUCCUGUUAAAUUUAAACGCAAAUUUGGAAACUCCAGAGAUUAUUUGGAACUCUUCCACUCGAGCUGAAUUGCUCAAGUUUGUGGAUGAACAGCGGGCUAAUCAAGGCCCUGAUGGUUCAUAUGAUUUGUCAGAAACACAAUCUUUCACUUAUGAAGCUCUAUCAAAUGAGCUCCAUGUUGGCAAUGUUUACUUGAGGAUCUACAAUAAUCAGCCGGACUAUGAUAUAGGUGAACCGGAGCCUUUUUCUGUUUCUCUUCUGAAAUUUAUAUCAGAACUGGUGCAUAAUCUCAAGGAAUCAGAUGUACCUGCUGAUUGUAAAGUAGAUAAUAAUUCUUCAUCUCCUGAGCCAUCUGAGCAUCAAAAUGAUACAAUGAAUAUGAUAGCUAAUGAAGGUAAAGCAGAUGCAUUGAACAUUGAUGAAAGGAGAGGGAAACCUGAAGUAAUAAUGAACCUUCAAACUGGGUUGACGUCUCUUCAGAAUUUACUGACAAGCAAACCUGGUUUGGCUUCCAUGUUUUCUACCAAAGAAAAGCUUGCACCUCUGUUUGAAUGCGUCACUGUUGAUAUUCCACUUAAAAGCAAUAUUCCUCAAAUAUGUCUUACAGUGCUUCUGCUUUUAACAACUCAUGCUCCUUGCCUGGAAGCUAUGGUUGCAGAAAGGGCUAAUGCAAUUCUUUUAUUACAGCUACUCCACAAAAGUCCUGCUUGCAGGGUAGGGGCUCUUGCUGUCCUCUAUUCUUUGGCAAGCACUCCUGAGCUUGCCUGGGCUGUAGCAAAGUAUGGUGGAGUUGUGUACAUUCUUGAACUUAUCUUGCCAAAGCGUGAAGAAAUUCCUUUCCAGCAAAGAGCCGCGGCUGCAUCCUUGUUGAGCAAGCUUGUUGGACAGCCAAUGCAUGGCCCUAGAGUAGCUAUAACACUAGCAAGGUUUCUACCAGAUGGCUUAGUAUCAUGUAUCAGGGAUGGACCUGGUGAAGCAAUAAUUUCGGCUCUUGAACAAACAACAGAAACACCUGAGCUUGUGUGGACACCAGGUAUGGCGGCUUCUCUUUCUGCACAAUUGUCAACUAUGGCAUCAGAUCUCUACCAGGAUCAAAUGAAAGGCUGCCUUGACGAUUGGGAUGUUCCUGAGCAGGCAUCAGGCCAACAGGCCAUCAGAGAACCUCAGGUUGGUGGUAUUUAUGUAAAUAUAUUCUUGAAAGAUCCUAAGUUUCCUUUGAGAAACCCAAAGAGAUUCCUGGAAGGACUAUUGGAUCAGUAUAUUUCCUCAAUUGCUGCCUUCCAUUAUGACCCAAGAUCUGUUGAUCGUAAACUUCCUACAACACUGUCUGAUGCAAUCCUCUCAUUACUACGCGUACACCCUGCCCUUGCAGACCAUGUCGGUUAUCUUGGAUACGUUCCGAAAUUAGUUGCUGCCAUGGAGCAUGAAGGAAGCCGAAAAAAGAUGGCACCUAUAGAGUUGAAUAAUAGCAAUGAUGGUUAUGAAGAAACAGAUAGACAAACAGACUCCAGUGGUCGGACUCUUCAAGAAAAUAUACGCCAUGGUUGUUUAUGGAUACUGCACCAGUUGGCAACUAGUACAACUUGUGCAGAAGCUAUGGCGACUACUAGUGUUGGGACCCCUCAGGUUGUGCCUUUGCUCAUGAAAGCAAUUGGAUGGCAAAACUGUGGUUUAGUAGCUUUGGAAACAUUAAAGCGUGUCGUUGUUGCUGGAAAUCGUGCUCGAGAUUCUCUAGUCGCACAGGCACUGAAGAUUGGUCUUGUUGAGAUACUUCUUGGCCUUCUUGAUUGGAGAGCUGGUGGACGACAUGGAUUGAGUGCAGAAAUGAAGUGGAGUGAAACUGAUGCUUCAGUUGCUCGAGUACUUGUAGUAGAGGUUUUGCAUGCUUUUGCCACUGAAGGUGCCCAUUGCUCUAGAAUUCGAGAAAUCUUAGAUGGUUCUGAUGUAUGGAGUGCUUAUAAAAAUCAAAAGCACGAUCUUUUCCUUCCUUCAAAUGCCCAGUUCGCUGCUGCCGGUGUUGCUGGGCUCAUUGAGAGUUCAUCAUCAAGAUUUACAUAUGCACUUACUGCUCCACCUUCCCAGUCAAUCCCUUCUAUUGCAGCUCCAAAUUCUAAUGAAAGAAACAACCACAGGUCCACAUAGAGAGAGACAUUUGCUAUGGUAGCAAUGACUUCCCAUCAGAAUUACAGUUUUUCCAGCUCCUUUUUGUUACCCCAAAUAGUAAAUAGUGUACAGCAUCUUGAUACUUGAAGGAAAGAGUCAAAUUUCAUUUAUUUGGUUGUACAAAUUGGCUCCUAUCGGUCAUUAUACCUUGUCUGUCUAUAUGUAGUCACGGAAAUAAUUGAGGUUUUUUUUGGUUGGGCCUUGUCAAUCAUUUUGAGGUGAGGUUGCAUUCAUGACUGGAUAAUUUUGAGUUUUUCCUGAGUAAUAGAAAAAGAUAGCGAUAGAAAAACUAUUGGUCUGUGUGGGGCUUUGGCGUGCAAAAUUUAGUACCAAGUAGCCAUCCAAAUGCCUUCUUGAGCCAUUGUUUAAGGUCUUUCUGUGCACUGUGAUUCUGUAUUUUCUCAUUGAAGAAAUCUGCAUGAUAAAGUUGUUUUUUCA